CCUAUAGGCUAUAAAGGUACAACUUCUACCUACGCAUAUAUUGCCCGCUUUUACUUCUGGCCGGGAAUAACUUAUAAUAUUAAUUAUUACGUCGGCGCUUAUAUAAUAUAUAAGAGAAUAAAACACGUCCGUACAGGUAAGUAUAGGCUUUUUAAGCCCCUUCCUAUUCUAGACCAGUAUUAG